AUGUCGUUAUUGUCUCCGAAAGAAUCGAGGAGGCACACUCUACGACGAGACUUCCUUCAAGUAAUGUCAACUAGACUGUUUAUGUGUGGUCGAUGCGGCCAUAUUGCGAAAUUCUGCCACGACCACCUAAGGCAUCUCCGCAGACAACACCCGUGCCCGCAAAUGAAGGAGCCAAAGAUGUACGAGUGCAAAACCCACGGCCCGACGAGCCUGGAUAUGGAAGAACACAUUACUCAUCUAAGGGACUCUUCUUUACACCCGUGGGUGCAAGAUGAUGAAUAG